UGGCGCGACGCUCUAGCGUGGCGAUUUGUUUUACGAAAAGGGAGCACUGAUUGACACAAACUAUAGACUGUACUUAAAAAAUUUGAAAUCACGCUUUAACGAAUUUUUCUUAUGCUGUAGUUCUGCACACAUAAAUUUGAAUCACUUUCAGGAACAUGAAGUUUAUCAUUGUUGUUCUCUACCUUAUACUGUUUUGUCCGCUAGCUUUUAGUGGACUCGCACCAUGUCAAGCCCGUACAACAAAUGUUUAUCUCAACAGCGGGGCCUGCAUCGAUCUUUGUAGAAGAAUGGGCAAGAGAAGUGGAAGCUGCGAUUUUGGCAUAUGCGUUUGCAGAUGAUAGUUAUGGAAGAAGUUCUCCUGUAGAAUGACUUCGAAUAAAGCAUU